AUGCCGAUAGGUAAAAUUGAAGCAUUUUCGUUAAGUUCAAAACAGUGGCCGGCAUAUAUACGCCGCGUUAAUCAAUAUAUUUUGCUGAAUGAAAUACGCGACGAGUUGAAGGUGCCUACUUUAAUAACGGUUGUUGGUGAAGAAACUUAUGCUUUAAUGUGCGAUUUGUGUGCGCCGGCUUUCCCGGAAGACAAGACGUACGAUCAAUUGGUACGGCUAGUGACAGAGCACUUGGAGCCGCAGCGCUCUGAGAUCGCGGAGCGACACGUGUUCCGGCUGCGACGUCAACGGCCCGGCGAGUCGCUCACCGGCUAUUUACAAGCGCUGAAACAUCUCGCGGCCACCUGCAAUUUCGGCAAGUGCAACACAUGCUCGACCAUCGAGGAGAACUUACGCGACCUGUUCGUAUCAGGUCUGGCUAGUGAUGCGAUGCGUGCAAGAAUAUUUGCUGAAAAGAAGAUUCAGUACAAGGAGGCGGUGGAGCUCGCACUGGCACUCGAGGCAGCAGAACGGCAUGCUGAGGUCAGUGGCAGCACAGGAGCUUCGGUGACGGACUCAUCUCCAGCAGCGGCCGAUGGGAGCUCGGCCGAGGGGCUGCAUUACACGCGCCCGGGCAGCGGGGGACGCGGCGUGCGGGGCACGCAAUCUCUGCGGUCGGCCCGGGCGGGGAGUACGGCGGGAGGCUCGGCGAACGACGCGCCGAGCGGAACGGCAACAGGACCGAGCGGAGCGGCAACGGGGCCGAGCGGAGCGGCAACGAGUGUCCGCGCGUGUUGGCGUUGCGGGAAAGCUCACGCGGCGGCUGGGUGCCGAUUCAAAACAUACACUUGUGAUAAGUGCGGCCAGCGAGGCCAUAUUAAAGUGAUGUGUAAAGUGCGGGGCAGUGUUGGCCUACAGAAUUACGUGAGUGAGGAGUCGGACGACGGUCUAUAUGAGAUCGACGAAGACGAGGGUUUGUACGAGGUAGCAGCGAAAGGUACCAAACCAUACUUUAUUAAUUUAUUGAUCGAUAACAAGAUUUUGAAAUGUGAAAUAGACACCGGUAGUCGUAUCUCGGCGAUCGCGGAGGAGUGCUACCGUAGCAUGUUUUCGCAUAAAAAAAUUAAUAAAGAUAAUAUUUGUCUACGUUCGUACUCUGGUUCACGGAUUGAGUCUCUCGGUUACAUCGAGGUGAAUGUUAAGUUAGGGAAUAAGCAUUGUGACUCAUUGCAUUUGUAUGUUAUAAAAGGCGGCGCACGGCCGUUAUUAGGUCGAGAGUGGAUGCAGGCUUUAAAUUUAAAACAAAUAACACUCAAUGUAAUCCGAGACGACGAUUUUGUGAAUCAGUUAUGUAAAGAAUUUCCGGAAGUAUUUAGUGAUAAGCUAGGCACAUGCAAGCGGACCAUUCGAUUACAGCUCGUUGACAAGGAACCGGUUUAUUUGCGCGCGCGGCCACUACCGCUUGCGCUGCGGGCGCGGGUUGAGCGGGAGCUCGCUCGUCUUGAGGCGGACGGCGCCAUCUAUCGCGUCGAAUAUUCAGACUACGGCACGCCCAUUGUGCCGGUCGUUAAGAGUAACGGGGACAUAAGAAUUUGUGGGGAUUACAAAAUGACAAUUAACCCCAAAUUAAAAAGAGAUUUUUAUCCGUUACCUCGUAUUGAGGAAUUGUUUGCGAGUCUGAGGGGAGGUGAAAAAUUUACAAAAAUUGAUUUAAGGCACGCUUAUGAGAAGUGUCUUCUUUCCGAGGACUCGCAGCCAUGCACCGCCAUCACCACGCACAUGGGGACUUUUGCGUAUCGACGCACUCCGUAUGGUCUGUCCUGUAUACCUGAGAAGUUUCAAAAAUUAAUGGAGGAGACAUUACGCGGGGUGGCGGGGUGUGUUGUAUUUUUAGAUGACAUAUGUGUAACGGGGUCGAAUCAAAGUGAACACAUAAGAAAUGUAAGAGCUGUACUCGAACGGUUACGCGACAUGGGACUUACAGUGAAGUUUGACAAAUGUAAAUUCUUGCAGGACAGUGUAAAAUAUUUGGGCUUUAUUAUUAACAAGGAUGGGCUGCGACCCGAUCCGGAGAAAUUGGAAGCCAUUGCCAGCGCACCCACACCGGAGAACGGGGUCGGCUGGAAGUGGGAUUCCGAAUGUAAAAAAGCCUUCAACGAGGCGAAGCGAUCACUUCUUAGCGAACGGGUACUGGCGCAUUACGAGGAGGGGCGGGAACUUGUAAUAUCGGUGGACAGCAGUGCGUAUGGGUUGGGCGCUGUGCUCGCGCACCGCUACGACGACGGCAGCGAGCGCCCCGUUAGCUGCGCCUCGCGCACGCUUAACGCGGCCGAGCGCAACUACAGCCAGCUCGAUAAAGAGGCGUUAGCUAUUUUAUUUGGCAUCACCAAACACCAUCAGUACCUUUUCGGGAGACGGUUCACGUUGCGCACCGAUCACCAGCCCCUAACAUACAUUUUUGGAGGCAAGGGUAGUAUCCCCCAGACGGCCGCGAGUCGGCUGCAGCGUUGGGCGGCACGCUUGGCCGCAUACGAUUUUAAAGUCGAAUUCGUUCGAUCGGCGGACAACGGUCCGGCCGAUGCAUUGUCUCGCCUACCCUUGGCUAAGGAGGGUCGCUCCGUGGACUCGGUCGAUUAUUUAGACUUAGUAGAGGAUUCGGUACCCGUUGGUUAUAAGGACGUCGCGAGGGAGACCGAACGCGACGCGUUAUUAUGUAAAAUUAAGCGUUAUGUUAUGUUCGGCUGGCCGACGGCCCCGAGUUGCGAUGAGGAAAGACCUUAUUUUGCUAGGAAACAGGAUUUCGCAAUUGAACACGGCUGUUUGAUUUAUAAAUAUAGGAUUGUAAUUCCUACUGUCUUACAACAAAAAGUUUUGGAGGAAAUUCAUGAUGGCCACCUUGGUAUGAAUAAAAUGAAAUGCUUGUCUAGAAGUUAUGUGUACUGGGCCACCAUGGAUAGAGACAUAGAGGAGACGUGCAGGGCGUGCGCGGCGUGCCGCACCGUGCGGGACGCGCCGCCGCGUGCGCCGCUGCACCCCUGGGAGUUCCCGCUGCACCCGUGGUUGCGCAUCCACGCUGACUUCGCUGAGUGCGGCGGUAAGCGCUAUCUAAUUAUUAUAGACGCACAUUCGAAAUGGUUAGAGGCGAUCCCGAUGCGCAACACGAGUGCAGAGAGUACUAUAAAAGUUUUUAGAAGUGUGUUUUCACGUUUCGGGCUCCCAUCGCAGCUCGUGACCGAUAACGGGCCACCAUUCUUCUCGCAGGAUUUUAAAGUCUUUUGUGAAAACAAUUGCAUAAAGCACAUCACCUCGGCCCCUUACCGACCUCAGGCGAACGGUGCCGCGGAGAAUGCCGUUAAAACAAUUAAAAAAGCAAUUAAAAAAGCACUACACGAGGGCAAGGAUGUGAACACGGCACUGACUAAAUUUUUGUUUAAAUACCGCAACUGUGAACACGCCACGACGGGCGUGUCGCCGGCCGUGGCGCUGCUGGGUCGGCGGAUGCGUAGCCGGCUAGACGCGCUGCGGCCGGACACAGCAGCGGCUGUGCGCGACAAGCAGGAGCGGCAGGCGGCCCGCGCCGCCGGCCAUCUCAGAGAGUUUAGCGUGGGGGAGACUGUACUCGCGCGCGACUAUGCAUCGAAGGGGAACAAAUGGGCCGAAGCCACGGUGGUCAAAAGGACCGGGCCGGUUUCCUAUAAGGUAGCCUUGGGCAAUGGUGUGGAAUGGCGUAGACACGCGGACCAGGUGGUCCCAGCCAAGGGACGGUUUUUGUUGUCCCGUACCAGCCACACGUCUACGGGUAACGGGUUAGAGUUACAGACCGAGGAGUCCGAGGUCGGUGCGGAGUCGGGAGGACAGCCUAUGGAUGAGGCAUCCAGCGGUGGCGAGUCCCCGGCGGCGUCGCCCCGCGCAGCGACCGAGUUAUCUCCGAGGCAGCCGGGGGCUACGCCACCCCAGAUGUCUGCCCGCGCACUGCGUGCUUUAAAGCGGGCCAAAUUUAAUGUAUUAGCUUAG